GGGAUAUUCCAUAGACUCGGAUGUGCUUGAUGCUAAGCACAAUUGGGUGCAACGCGUCAGUCACGUGCAUGUAGUUGUCAACACGCGUUCUCGGGGAAGGUGUCUUUUCAACGACGACCUGUAUGUGAGAUGGCGAACAUGCGGCGUGCGAUGAGCGUGCGCAACUACGUAAGACCAACUCUUGCACUAGCUGCAGAUGAUCUCGGCAUGCUUCGAGAGGGGGACGAAGCUAUCGAAGAUGUAUUGCGACGGCAACUCCUAGACAAAGAUCGCGAAAAUGAUAAGCUUCAAUCGACAAUAUUGACGCUACAACAACAACUUGCUCUGAGGCCACCCAUAGAAAGGAUCCAGGAGCUGGAGAAGGAAUACAAGAACCUGGAUCUGAUUCUGCAGGGAACGCAGAGAGAGAAUGAAAGAUGUAUGUCAGAACUGGACAGGGUGAAGAUGAGGGAGAAAAUGUUGGAGCAAGCCUUGGCCAAACUCGUGGGCGAGAAUUGGCAGACUGCGCUCGACAUAGCGCCAUCUUCAUCAACAUUUGCAGCUCGUGCUGUCAUGGGAUCCGUCUUUUCUCGAGGGACGCCUACACCUCAGUCGGGCAAUCCUGAUUCUACACCUGCGCCCGUCUCUCAGGCGGCAGUUGAAGCCACGUUAACGCAGGUGGAACAGAUUCGCCUUCUUGUCCUCGGUAUGGAGCAGCGCAUGCAGAACAGGGAGGAGAAGCUCGCGAAGACAAUUGAGCAUGCUGAAGCGCAAGAAAUCAAGUGCGAUGCGUUGAAGAAGGAGGUGAUGGCCACAAAAGUGGCUGUAUGAUCUACGCUGCGUGUCUGUUUUUCCGUGAUUCCUUGUUUCUUCUUUGUUGCAUAUUUGUACCACAGGACUCGGAGCAUCAUUAUUCACACAUAUCCAUCUGUAUGUUUUUACCAUCCAGUCUCUUCAUAUGAAAUUACUAGUUCAGACGACCUUGCCUGA